CUAUUGGCUUCACCAGAUUGCCAAAAAGGCCCAUGAUACAAAAAAAAAAAGAUUAAGAAUACCUGAUUUAUCUUAUUUGAGCCUCAUGCUACUAUUGCAAAAUAGGUAAUUACAGUGAUUUUCAUUCCCAUUUUGCAUAUGAAGAAGUUGAGGCUCAGCAAAGUUAAAGACAUUGGCUAUGGUCUCUCAGCUAAUAAGUGUCCAAGUCUUCCAACUUCAAGACCAAGACCAAGGUUUCAGUAAACAUCUCUCUGUCUCCUCUCUUCUCAAGAACGAGUCUUUAAAUCAUCUCCCUUUCCUUUCCUUUCCCCUAUUCCAAACACUUUGUGCUAUGUGGUCCCAUUUCCCACAUCAUUUCCCAUCCUAAUUUUCUUGACCUCAGAGCAUAUAGGGAAACCAGAACAAAAAUAAUCCCUUGAAAACACCAGGGACCAGUUUCCUUAUCAGAACUCCUUCACACCCCUCCCAAACAGCUGUCAACAGCAUGAGGCAGUUGAUAUAACCAAUCUCCCUGGAGACAUCUGGCCCUCUUGAUGCGGACUGGGAUUGGGAGAGGUCAGGUUUGUCAUUACCCCCGUGUGACCCAGUCCUCUCUCCUUUCCUCUUGCCCCACAUACUGAAGAGGCAACACUAUUUUUGCAGUGGAUAAUCUAAUUACCUUUGCUGAGUUGAACUUGGGCUUAGCCUCUCCAGUCAUCGUUGUCCAGAUUGACUGACUGUCCAGACAUGAUCUGGUGGGGAGGACCAGAUCAUGGAACCCAAAGCAGAGAGCUGUUAAGAUCAUCUCUGGAGUCUCUACAAGUUUCUCCUCCAUCACUCCCCCUUCUCAGUUGACUGGUAUGGUGUGUUGGCUUGGGUAGGAGAAGGUGACAAAGAAAUCUGGAGUCCUGAGGCUCCAGACAGGAGGCGGGCAGCCACGUCUGUGUAUGACUGUGUGUACAUUCUGGGGUAAAUAAGGUUAUAUAUGACUGUGCUGAAACUUAUAUGUGACUAUGUGUGUAAAUGUGAUUGUGCAUAUCAGUGUCCACACAUAAAUGUAUACUUGAAUGUGUGUUUGUCUGAAUGUGUUUUUGACUGUGGGCACUUCUGAAUUUGUGUGUUUGUCCCCUCCUUGCCUCUCUUUGUUACUAUCCCACCAAGUCAGAGAGAAAAAGGUGAGACAAAGUACUAGCCCUAAGGACACCAAGGGGUUAUUGAGAGCACUAUGGCCUCAGCUACUUCCCUAACCACUUUGGAAGAUGAAGUCAAUUGCCCCAUCUGCCAAAGCAUCCUGAGAGAGCCUGUUACCAUUGACUGUGGCCACAACUUCUGUCGGGGUUGCCUUACUCGCUACUGUGAAAUCCCUGCUCCUGAUCCAGGUGAGCAACCCACCUGCCCACUCUGCAAGGAUCCCUUCCAUCCUGAGGGACUCCGGCCUAAUUGGCAGCUGGCUAGUGUUGUGGAAAACAUCGAGAGGCUAAAGUUGGCACCUCCAGGCCUGGGAGAGGGCCUCUGUGAGGAACAUGAGGAAAAAAUUUACUUCUUCUGUGAGGAUGAUGAAAAGCAGUUGUGUGUGAAGUGCCGGGAAACCCUGGAGCACAGGACUCACACUGUACGUUUCCUGGAGGAUGCAGCGGAUCCCUACAGGGAACAAAUCCAUAGGUGUCUAGAAUCUCUGAAGAAUGAGAGAGAAGACAUCCAAGGAAUCCAGUUCCGGGAAGAUCAAAGGAUCCAGGUCUUAUUGACUCAGGUGGCCACCAAGAAAGAGAAGGUCAUCUUGGAAUUUGAGCAUAUGUGCCGGUUUUUGGAGAGGCAGCAGUGUUUACUUUUGACCCAGCUGGAAGAGUUGGGUGGAGACAUUUUGAAGCAGAAGAAUGAGUUUGAAUCCCUUGUUCAGAGUGAGAUCUGCCGUUUUAAUGCUUUGAUAUCAGAAUUGGAGGAAAAACUAGAGCGCCCAGCAAGAGAACUGCUGAAGGAUAUCAGGAGCACUCUGAUCAGAUGUGAAACCAGGAAGUGCAGGAAACCAGAGGCUGUGUCACCUGAGCUGGGUGAGAGAAUCCGGGACUUCCCUCAACAGGCCCUUCAACUGCAGAGGGAAAUGAAGAUAUUUCUGGAAAAACUGCUCUUUGAACUGGAUUAUGAACCAGCCCAUAUCUUCUUAGACCCCCAGACAUCCCACCCCAAGCUUCUCCUAUCAGAAGAUCACCAGCGAGCCCAGUUCUCCUAUAAAUGGCAGACCUCACCAGACAGUCCACAACGUUUUGACCGAGCCAUCUGCGUCCUAGCCCAGGCUGGCUUUGUGGGAGGGAGACACACAUGGGUGGUAGCUGUGGACCUGGCCCAUGGGGGCAGCUGCACCAUGGGUGUGGUGAACCAAGAUGUCCGACGGAAAGGGGAACUCAGGCUUAGGCCAGAGGAAGGGAUAUGGGCAGUGCGACUGGCCUGGGGCUUUGUUUCAGCCUUGGGCUCCUUCCCUACCAGGCUGUCCCUGGAAGAGAAUCCCAAGCAAAUCCGCAUUUCCCUUGAUUAUGAAGUGGGCUGGGUGACAUUUAGCAAUGCUACCACUCAAGAGCCCAUCUAUACCUUCACUGCCUCUUUCACUGGGAGGAUCUUUCCCUUCUUUGGACUCUGGGGCAGAGGAUCCAGUUUCUCCUUGAGCCCUUGAAAGGGAAGAGACCUUCUUCUGGGUGAGGUAGGUCAAGAGUGUGUCACAUAUAAGCUCGAUCCUAGUCACCUGUGAAACUAGGGGAGAUUGUGUCCAAGGUCACACACCAGUGAAAAGCAAAAGAGGAAUUUGAACCCCUUUUCUCUAUCUUCCAAAUCUACUAGUAACUCCUAGAGAUUUUCCACUGUCCCUCUCCUCCCCAGAGAGGUUUAGGUCAUGGCUAUUCUCCCUUCUAAAGCACCCUAGAGAAUCUCAAAUGAUUCCCCCAAGCCUACCCAUGCAUGGGGAAAGGGAAGUCAGGAGUUCAGUGGUGCUGUCUUAUGUUCCAGACCCCACUAUCUGCCAUUCUGGAUAGCAGCUCAUCCUGGGAAGAACAUAGAGAAAAGAGCCUUGCCCAAGACUAAUGAGCUGAGAAUCAUGAAACCAAAUGCUCUUGUCUCACCCAUCCUUUUGCUUCUGCCAGGAUCACAUAACCAUCUAAUGCCAAUGAAGGGAAAUAGUGAGAAGAGGGGAAUGAACAAAAGAUGACCAAGUGGUAGGAUAAGGAUAGUGAAGCCAUUUGUGGGCUUCUGAAUACAGCCAAGAUUUGUGUUUCAUGACCUAUGGUCUCUAGCCCAAUGAAUUGCAAAUGAAUACAAUAUGUUCUUCUAACACUGGACAUUAAAGGUUAUCCAAGGGGAAAGGAGGAAGGGAGAUGGAAAAAUUCAGACUAGAAGAUCAGCAGUGUGAAUGGGAUUGGGUUGAAGUGGUGAAUGAGGUCUUUGAGAGAUGGGUUUCCUUGUGGGAUUCUGGAAAGGGGGCUACAGCUUACAUGUGUGAUGUGUGUAGAGCAAUUAUGACUCCCAGAAAUCUGCUUCACUGUUGCUGGGACUUAGUAUAUGGGCUAACAUUUUACUGCAUGGGUUUAUAGGAAAUAGAAUGAUACAUUAGCUUUGUUUGACCUAUUGUCAAAUCUUAAAUCCUGCAAACAAUAAAACAUCAUCUUGAUUGCAAGAGGGGCUUGAGUUCUGUAACAUAAAGAACUUCCCAUUUAGAAGGGAUGUGGGAUACUGGAGAAGGGGAAUAAGGGAGUUAAAUGGUAUCUUUUCUUUAACCAUAUCCAUCUACAAUGAUUUCUCUGGGCUCUUAGAGAUGGAUUUAGAUGAAAUGACCCACCAAUAAUAGAAUCCACCUUUACUGAUAGCAAAGAUAGAUUCUGAUUAAUGUUGCCUCUCUGGAGUCCACAGGUAACCAGUCUCCUCAGUUCCUUCUUUCUGUUUAUGAUUAGUUCAUAAUUAUCCAGAGUCAUGGUUUAUUUGUAGUAAGUCUUAUUGACGUUGUUAUUUAUUUAACUGCCUUCUUUAUUAAA